AUGAAUACAAGAAGGCAUUGGAAGAAGAUACUGCUUUUAAUUACAAAGUUCUUGCUAGUAAACAGUUAUACAAUCUUAUGAAAAAGCAUAUUUCGAAGAAAUGGGAAAAUCGUAAAAAUCUCGAUAUUUCAGAAGGUACUUUUUUGGAGGAGACAUCAGACAGUUUGAAGAAUGACGAAGCUAAGCUCAAAGUGCUGGAAACGGCAGCAGUCAGGAAAACUCAUGAAUAUAGAGAUACUUUAAGUGAGUGCAUAUAUUCAUCAAGUAUAAAUCAAAGUACAAUAAAGCUAUGGCAAGCCUAUUACGAUUCACCAUUUGUUGAAUUUGGUGAUGAUUAUGUGUGAAAAGCAGACGCGUUUAAUUAGUCAUCAACACACAGACGUCUGACGGACAUAAUUUUUCACAACUAUUCCAUAAUAUUCACUCA